UUACUCCCUCGUACUACAUUGGGCGAACAACUCCCAAGUGGCUCUGAAAGUAUCACUCAUCAACUCCCAAACCUCGUUUACUUACACUCCAGUAUGACUAUUGCCAUUACAAAAGGCAAUCCUAAGACAGCUGAAUUUGCUCGGCUUUUCGAAUUAUUUGAUCGCAUUGCGACACGGCGCGCCAGGGGAUCUACGGAACUAGCAAUCUCGAUGGACGACAUCCAAUCAGUUCCUGCCGAAUUCGCACCAGUCCUGAAGAAUUUGUCUACUGUUCUUUCUUUACGCGCUCAACGCAACCAAAAGCGCCUUCACAAGCCCAUAGGACGCCCCCGUCGCAACACUGUCGGUAUUGCACCUAUGACACAGGAUACCAUCGACGAAGUGGAGGAUGUAGGGAGCCCUUCAUUUCCCCUCGAAGAGCAUCACCCGUUUACAUUCAAGCUUAUGCUCCACAACUUAUACAAUGUCGACGAAUGGGCCCAGAAGGUGAAGAGUGCUGUAGAAGUGUCAAAGGAACAGUUUAAACCACUGGCGGAGAGGGUGCAAGAGAUGACGAGGGAGGGUGCAGGGAAGGAGCGAGUUGUAGGGAGGAAUAUUAAUGUCGUGCGGUCUAGAAGUCAGUCCGUCAUAAACCCGAAGUCCAAAGGGAAAGCGCUUUCUCGAGAACAAGUUCCCGCAUCGCCAGUACGUGCGAAUGACUUUGGCCGAGUCUUGAAGAAACGCUGCGUUGGGAGGCGCAAAUCUAUCAGUGGGCCACUUGCUGGGAGUGUAUGGGUUUACGAUGCAGCCAUAUCUGCUGUCGAGCUGGAUGGUGGUCGCCCAUCCCUGGAAAUUACGAUUUCAAAGUCCAAAGACGCCUUGUUGAACAAUACCGGUAUGCGGUCUCGUCAUCAGUCUCUCGCUGGACUGGAGGGUAUUCAGGAUAGGGACACGACUCGUAGGAAGGUACGAAUUGCAGUGCCCUUAGCGCAAGAUGAUGUACAGGGCGCUUCAGCCCUUGACGAAGAGACCCAUUCGCGCAGUGGCCAACAAGGCAACAUUACAAGAUAUCCUUAUCGUAGGAUUACUCCCGCACGCGGACUGUCGAUGAUACCUGACGCUGGAUCGUCAGGUCAGCACAUGAAACGAUCUCUUAACGCACAGUAGUUUGGUUGGAAGUAGAUGUCUCGUAGUCUGGACAUUCACGAUUCAGUUUGUAUAUCAUACGGCUUCAAGUUAACUAUCACGUACAUCGACUGUUCCCCAGUCCAUACCCCAUACUUCCACUGUAGUUUAUCACACUUUUCGAUGCG